AUCUCUUGGAGAGAAAAGGUAGGCUACAGAAUAACAUUCACGUUUGCUCCAGAUCAUCCCAUCCUCCCAGGGGGAAAGAAAUGGCUGUGAUGGAGCUAGCUCAGGGUUUCCAAUUUCCAAACCUGAUGCUGAUCUUGCAGCUGGAACGAGGGGAAGAGCCUUGGGUCCCAGACCUCCAUAGCUCUGAGAAAAAAGUGCUCCCAGGAGCUGCCUGCACAGGGAGUGACCUGUGUCUGGAUUCUCUCUGUUUCCCAUCAAGUGAUAGGAUGGUGAGUGAUAAUGAGGAGGAGAAACCCCGUCAGGAAGAUGCUGAGCAAGUAGAACCACGUGGAACAUUAUCAGGAGGAUUCAAAGGGAAUGUUUCCAGGAGUUGUGCACUCCCAGAAAAAGCAAAACCCAGUGAGACUCAGGAGAGGGUAGAGGAAAACUUCAGUAGCCUCUCAGACCUUACUACAAAUGAGAGAAUCAGUGUGGAAGAGACACGCUACACAUGCCAUGAGUGCAGAAAAAGGUUCAAGAGGAGCUCUGCUUUUAUCACACAUCAGGCAAUCCACAGAGGAGAGACGCCCUACGCAUGCUCUGAGUGCGGGAACAGCUUCAGUUGGAGCUCAGACCUUGUUAGACAUCAGAGAAUCCACACAGGAGAGAACUCCUACAUUUGCUCGGAGUGUGGGAAAAACUUCAGUCGGUGCUCAAACCUUAUCAGACAUCAGAGAAUCCACGCUGGAGAGACACCCUACAUGUGCUCUGAGUGCGGGAAAAGCUUCUGUGAGCGAUCAGAUCUUAUCACACAUUGUAAAAUCCACACAGGAGAGACAUCUUACACAUGCUCUGAGUGUGGGAAAAACUUCAGUCAGCCCUCAAACCUUCUCAUACAUCGUAGAAUCCACACAGGAGAGACGCCAUACACAUGCUCCGAAUGUGGAAAAAACUUCAGUCAGCGAUCAAAUCUUAUCACACAUGAGAGAAUCCACACAGGAGAAAAGCCCUACACAUGCUCCAAGUGUGGGAAAAGCUUCAAUGACCGCCCACACGUUAUUAGACAUCACAAAAUCCACAUGAGAGAGAACUGUAAUAAAUCCCUUGAUUAGGGCUGGCCAAAGAUUUUUUUUUUUAAAUCACAUUUGCUAAUUCCCACAUACUGAUUUUUGCACCAUCUUCCCCAUGGCGCCUCAGCUCCACCAGAUCAGUUUCCUGCUUCUGCCUUUUGCAGUUCACCUUUGUUUGGGGUCAGUCCUGUGAUCUUUUCUAUCAACUCCUUUCCUUUUGAGUCUAUCGCAACCCUAAAGUGCACGCUUAAACACGGUCUCUUUAUGGCCAAUUGUCGGUCCACAGCCAUUUUGUUUUAGUAAAAGGACAAGGUGGUCUCCUUUUUGGGUCAGAUUCUUGUUCCUUAAAGGACAAGAAAGCCCCAAGGUGUCGUGUGCAUAACCCUAGUGUGCUGGGUGCACCCUGUGAGCCGUUUACAGACAUUGAAGCAUGUCUCAAACAAAGAAGGAGCGUGCUUGCCAAGUACAGCCUCUGCUAACGUAGAAGGCUCCUGCUCGGAACCUGGAAGGUGAAGGAGCUAGGAGGCCAAUCCGGUAUCAACAUACAUAAAAGGGAACCAAUCUGAGAUUGACACGAGUAAAAGUCCCCAGACAAUACUAUGUCUCACACCAGAAUCGGGAGGAGUUCCCGCGUGUCAGCUGAAAGCUCUGAUCACCCUUUCAGCCAGGGAAUUUCCUCUGGAUUUCGCCAGUUCAGGUCAUGUCAUGUUAAAUAAGACCACCUCCCCUAAUUCACUAUGCAAUCGGUGUUUAUGCUGCUGGUCAGCUGUAUCUGGAGUAUGGUAUGUAUUUUGUAAUUUUUGCAAACAUUUCUGCUCUUGCCUAAUUUCUCCCCCUUCUCUACCCCCGUUUUCUGUUGCCUGCAUUUACUUUAUUCUGUGUAUAAGAAAAGCGGUUCUUGUUUUUUUUCUCUUUCAUAGCUUAUCUUUGGCCUUGCUCCUUCCUUUUAUGUGAAGCAGUAUAGAUAAGAGUUAACACUUUGCUCUCCCUAGCCAAAGUGUAAUCUAUUCCUGUUGUUAAAAUAAACACAGCCAUUUGGCUUUAAACCAACUCCGUUGUGUCCCGCUAUUCCUCUCCCUUUAAAUAGCCACUCAAACCUUACGUGUCACAGACAGAGUCGUAGGAGUGU